UUAUGAGCAAUACCAACUCAGCAUCAUCACUUUCUCCUAUGCGCUGGGUCGUUAAUCAAGACAUUCGUAACUGUUCUGGAAUUAUGUGCCCACCAGACACUCUUUGUUUGCGACCAGAACAUUUUUCUGUUCCGACACAUUGUGUUCAUAAAAGUGUCAUGGACAACGUUGCCAAACACCUUUCGAAUGGGCCGGUUUAUUUGUGCAAUGAUGGAAUUGUUCAAAAUAUAAUUGUAGGGAUGCUUGUGGUGAUUAUAAUUGCUCAGGCAAGGAAAUUAGAAAAAAUGAGGCUCUAUUUAAGUUAUAGGUUCAUUAUCCGUUCAAUAGGGGUUUGUGUCCAAUCAAGUUCUUAUAUGCCCAUCUAA